AUGUUCGGCUUUUUUCUCCUUCUUUCCUCGCUUCUCUUCUUCUGUUCUAUUGAAAAACUGGCUGGGCGCCUCUUCGUUUUUGCCUCCGCUCCCUGGAGCACAACCGCAUCUAAAUUCGAGCCUAUCCCAGCUGAAGCUCCGUCUCUGAUCGUUGUCGUUGUCUUUGUCGUUAUCGCCGCUGGCAGCUCUUGUCGUCCCUUGUGUCGGAAGCCAAGAGCCACAGACACCCAGUCCUUGGCCGUCGACAUCUGCGACACUUGCAGCGCCGGAUUCGAUCUCAUCGUCUUUCACAAAACCUGUGGAAGGCAACUGCACUUGAGGUCACGUCUGCUUCGCAGUACGCCCGGCGCGUGUUACCCUCCCGCCCGAGUCCCGCCGUGCCAAUUGAUUGUCAUGAAUUCCAGCUCAACCAUCAUCCAAUCCUUACACAAGGACGGUUAG